UAGAGUUUCUAUGACAGCGUUGUAAAAACUCAAGGUUUUCUAAAAAGGAGUAAAUUUUUCAAGGCAGCGAUCUGUCAUCGUUGUUGUUGUUAUUGUUUAUUAUAAUAUAUAGUAUAAAUUUAUCUUUGAAAAGUGGUCAAAGUAUCGAUAAAAGGUAGAAAGGGCAUUUAGUGUAGUAGUCUGUUUAUUCUACUUGUUCUUGACAUAAGUAGACCGACGCAACAGUAAAUACAGAGACAGUGAUUUACUUGAUCUAUGUGAUACAUUUUGUACGAAAAAUACAGUGAUUUUAUUAAGUUACACAGUUAAGUAAAUGGAGGAUAUACCAGACAAAAGAGUUCGUGAAAAUAAUCAUACUACACCGAACGUCGAAGAAAGGAAUAUAAUUCGUACUGAUCGGUACUUAACCUAUGAUGUUUUAAGGAUUAUAUUUAAAUAUUUAAAUGGAGUGGACCUAUCGAAUGCUUCAAUGGUUUGCAGAUCCUGGUUAGAAGUGGCAAAUGAUGAAAAACGAAUUGCAAGGGGUUCUAUUCUGUAUUUUCUUCAGGAUAGCAGAAAUGCUGACUAUUUUAGGAUUCAGCUUAUUAAUAAAUUACUGAUUAAACCAACAUUAGGAUUACUUUUUGGACCUCCAUGGAGACAAUUUGAUAAAAAACAUUGCCAUUGUAAAGUUCUCCCAGCAAACUGUGAUGUUAUAACAAUGGGGACAGAGGGUGUAAUUAUCAAUGACAGAGAAUUUGAAAAUCAUUUGACAGAUGUAGUGUGUACAUUUUUACCUGACAUACCUAAUGUAACAAUUAAAACAUUCACAUUUGUCGGUGUUUUUCGUACACAAGCUGCUGCACAAUAUACUCACCAGAUUAACACAGCUUUGAAUACACGUGCAAGUAAUAGUCAUAAAUGUCUGUUACUAUUUUGUAAUAACACAGGUCGUCGUAUAGCCAGGGCAGUUGCAACACUAUUGCAAAUAAGUCACGAGAAAGCUUCUAUAUGGGGUGGAGUGGUCAGUGAUUUGCGUAUAUGCAAUUCAAAGGACCCCGGAGACAAUAGAUGUGUACAACCUGCAACUUGUGUUGCAAUUACAUUAGUUGGCUUAGUUGAUUCAUGGUCUGUAGUCAUUGAUGGAUGUUAUAGGACCAAGAAAGCUGUUGAAGAGAGAUUAAAAUCAUUUAGGAAUAAUGUUUCUUUAAGAAAACAUUCCAUGGGGUUUAUGUUCGCGUGCCGUGAGCGCGGGAAAAGAAUGUUCCGUGAAGACAAUGUAGAAUCAUCUACUUUUAAAAACUUGUUUCCAGAGGUACCAUUAGUAGGUUGUUUCGGCGACGGAGAAUUCGGAAAAACUACGAUACCAAACGUGAAAGAAGAAACUUGGUACAAUGAAAUAUCGACCGUAUUUUUGAUUAUCACGUACGGUUGA